AUGGAAGAAAGCGAGUCGGACGAAGAAAUUUUUAUCACCCAGAAUAGUUUUCGCGAGAGUUCUAGUCUAGAUGUAGGCUUUGAUAUAAGUAGCUUGUUAGAGCCUGAAGAUCGAUUACUCAUUGCCAAAGUAUUAGGUGUUGAGAAAAAUGAAGUCGGUUUGCUUGAGAGAAACGACUUAGGCGAAGAACCUGAACAAUUCGGCGAACAAAGGCAAGUUGUUGUUAUCAGCGACGAAGAGUUGCGGAAGAGAAAUGAGACUAGGAUCCCGGUUAAUACAAAGGCAAGCACUUCAUGGACGGUGAACGUGUGGGCUGAGUGGGAUAAUGAGCGAAAUAGUGGAAAAGUAAGGACGUUUGUAGCACAGACAAGUACACAACGGUGAACUGUGAUCUUCUAGAACUUCACGAUGACGAGUUAAAUUAUUGGCUCAGUAAGUUCGUCGGCGAAGUUCGACAGAAAAAAGAGCCAGGACGUUGUUACACACCAAACUCACUGUACCAAAUGUGUUGUGGCAUACAGCGAUAUUUGAGGGAUAAUGAAAAACCUGGUUUUUCUUUAACUUAUUCGAGAACCCAUCGUUCAAAUUAUUCCAAGAUUCUCUUGACGCAGAAAUGAAGAGUUUAACAAGAAAGGGAGUCGGUAGUGAAGUAAAGCAGGCUCAAGGUUUUACCGAAGAAGAGGAAGAACGAUUGUGGCGUGUAGGAGCCCUAGGUGACGGUGCAGCUGAUGUGCUGUUAGACACGAUGGUUUUCUUAAUCGGAAAGAAUUUCGCACUGAGAAGUGGAGAAGAGCACCGUGAACUAAAAUUUAGCCAAUUGCGCUUGGAAAUUGCCACAGAAGAAGAGCCAGAAAAGUCGGUCUAUCAAUAUUUUGGUGAGAAGAACAACGCCGGAGGUCUUAAGCACCGUGGAAUUAAGCGAAGGUAG